UAUUCUUCUUAUCAAAUCUGAAUUUAGAUAGGACUAAGUUUUAAGAUCUUUUUCAUGUCUGAUGCCUAAGAUCUGUGUUCGAUUGAAGCCGUGUAAAAUAUAUUGCUGUCUGGUAUGAUAUUUGGAUGUCUGUCUUUCCUGGAAGCAUUGAGAGAACAAGUGAAAUCUUUCAAAUUUCAACAGUUUAACGGAGAUUUUCGUUGACUGUUUUGGUUGUGGAGUGUCUGUCUGUAACAGCUUGAACUGCAUAUGCUCACUCGUUUCUCUCCUUAAAUUGCACGACAAGUAAUCAAGGGCUGGGAUGAGGGUAUCAAAACAAUGAAGAAGGGUGAAAAUGGGACAAGUAACGUGCAAUCUUAAUAAUGCUGCUUGCAAGUUGAAACUCAAAGAUUACAAGCAGGCUGAGCAUCUGUGCACUAAGGUGUUAGAACUUGAUAAUAGGAACGUGAAAGCAGUAUAUAUAAGGGCUCAAGCAUAUAUUCAACCUGUUGAUUUGGAUUUGGCAGAGGUGGAUAUCAAAAGGGCCCUCGAGACUGACCCUGAUAACAGAGAUGUGAAACUGGAGUACCGAGUCCUAAAGGAGAAAAUCGGGGAGUACAACAAGGAUUCACAAUUUUAUGGCAACAUAUUUACAAAGAUGAACAAGUUAGAGCAAGCAAAGGCUGCAAAACAGGAGCCAGCACCAAUGGCCAUAGACAGAAAGGCAUGAUGGCAUUUGCCUCAAAUCCCCCUUCCCCUCCAUCCUUCCUCCCUUUCUUCUUUCCCAAUGUUAUAGAAGAGUGAAGGUGGAGUAUUUGUUCUAAAAUAUAUUACCAUAGAAUAGUAAAAGGUUCAGAUAGUGCUAAUCACUUGGUGUGCAAAGUCAUGCAUGAAGUUCUUCUAAUGCAUCUAAGCAGGUUUGCAGAUUGCUGGUUAUUUUGGUUUGCCUCUUUCUCAUACUUUCCAUGAUCACUAGCUUAAUUUGUCAAAAAUGGUCAGAUCCCCUGGUAGAUCACGUGGCCAUGUAAUGUUCAAAGUUUGUGCUUUAAGUGCAUGUUGUAUUAGCAGCUGAAAAAUGCUUGAUCAAUUAUCUUAACCACUUUGUAUAAGAAUGUUCAAGUUGAAGAUAACAAUUGUAUUAUCUAAUAUUGUAUUGUGACCCCGGAAUUUGUUUGGUUCAUCUUUGUUAAUUUUUGUUUCAGAAAGUUGGUUUCUUAAGGAGGGAAGACGAUUGCAUUGUUUAACGUUUUUCUUUUUUAAUUAUAAGUUACUUGGUGUAUCCUUACACAAGUAACUACUUUUACAUAUGCAAUUUUAUUUUUUUUCGGAGCUUUAUAGAAUACA